AAGGGCAACAACAUGGCUGGAAGACGAGUUUUCUCCAUUAUCUUGUUAGCAUAUCUAUUGUUAUUAACGGUAGUCACUGCCCUGGAUCAUGGCGCAAUGCUUUGUUCCAAUGACAAUGCUCCCGUAUGCGCCCGGGGUAACGGCGAGUAUUUGUUAUUCAAAAACGAAUGUGAUUUAAGGAAAGCUCAGAAUGAAAAUCUAAUUGGUGGACCACUGUUUGAUGUGGCUCUGCAAUACUGUAUUCCUGCUUGUGAUUUUGAAUGUGGCAAAGAGUUUCGACCAGUUUGCGGUGUAAGUGUCAAUACAGCAGAGCGUAAGACCUUUACGAAUCGCUGUGAAAUGGCACGAGCUUCAUGCACAACCAAAUCUGAUUGGCUGGUAUACAAAUGGGAUGUUUGCCCCACCAAAAACACUGAGGUGGCCCAACACACUGUCUUGGUGGGUGAACGUAAACGUACUCGUCCAGUGCCCUGCACGAAUAUCUAUCGUCCGGUGUGCGCCACUUACGCUGGCGUGAAAUCAACAUUCUCCAAUGAAUGUCUGGUCAAUGCGGAAAAUAUCAAAACCCAAAGAAACUGGCGCAUUGUUUCGGAAGGUUUGUGCGGCGAGGAUAGCACCAAAAUGAAACACAACCGCAAAUACAAGCCAAAGGCCAAGCCAAAAGAGGACUCGGACCGCACCAAGCGUAGCCACAAAAAGCGUAAUCAAGUGGAAGACUUUCAGAUAGCCGAGGAUGCAGUAGAAAUCUUUGCACCAUCGACAUUUCACACCCAGUUCAUCAGCAAUACGGGGACCAUGGUGAAAAGUUACUCACUACCAGCCCGCAAACCCGUUGUGAUGUCACAGCCCAAAAUCAGAACCAAGUCCCGAGCCAAAAGUCAAGCGAAACCCUGUGUCUUUAGCAAUGAACCAGUCUGCGGCAGUUUCAAUGGCGAGAGUCGAACUUUUUCCAAUGUUUGUUCGCUUAUGGAGUUUAGCCAGAGAGUGGGCAAUGCUUGGACAAUUUUGCACGAGGGCUCAUGUAGACACUGUGAUGCUCCAUGCCCAAAUAUCUACAGUCCGAUUUGUGCCAAUCGCAAUGGCAUCAAUUAUACAAUCAUCAAUAAAUGCUAUUUAGAACGAGUUCGCUGCAAGGAUCCAAAUAGUUCUUGGAAGAUCAUUAAAGAUUCAGAAUGUGACGAAAUUUCCAAGGGCUUGCCCACAGAAUCCUCACGUCAAUCAUCGCUUAUACCAAAAGUUCUAUACACAUCGAAGGAUCAGCAAACGAGUACUACAAAAUUAAUGUAUCGCAGAAGAAAAUUGACAACAACAGCAGCACCAACAAAAACAAAUGCUUUGCCUCGUAGAAAAUUGAAGAAAAUAUCCAAAUUAACAGAUAAUAAUAAUCGCAAGAUACGCAAAAUAGAUUUGUCGAGUUUCGAGGGUUAUCAGAACUCUUUGUAUGACCACUCAACUGAGGUAUCAAAAAUGUGGUCAUCGAAUGACAAUUGGCUGAUUCAGCAAACUCUGGACAAUGUCAAGAGCAUGUUCAAUAAGAAACCAGCAAGUUUUGCAAAAUCACAGAGUGAGAAACAAUAUUAUUAUUAUCCAAUCAACAAUAUGGAACUAACAACGGUCCCACCCGAAAUUACGACCACUCAACUGCCAAUUAAUAUGAAUGAACUACUCAAUCUGGCUAAUAUUGAUUCUAAAAUGUUCGAUGUGAUGGAUGAAGAGUUGAUUCGCCCAACAACAACAAUAAAGGCGCCAAGAAGAGUAGUAACAACAAGUAAGCCAAAAACAACCACACCUCUUCCUGUCCCAGCAUCAACAUCUUUGGCUACCACAACCACCACAACAGAAGCCUCCACCCAAGCUCCAGAAGAGACUACUACAGCUCCUGGCAUCUUGUCCACUUCAACAGAGCCAACGACUACUACCUCCACGGAUGCAUCUGUCGAAGAUGCCACAACAAAAGCUCCAACAAACAGCGAUGAUUACAUGGCGGAGGAGCAACAAUCGUCCCCAAGAAAUGGACAGACCUCCAUUUACGGACUGGACAAGGAUUCAUUAAUUAUGCGCCUCUUGCGAGCCAGAAGUAGACAAAAUGUUGUAAUAUAAUUUUGGUAUUUGAAAUAAUAAAUAGUAAGUAAGCUGGGGAACUAGUAGUUAGGAAAAUGGGGUAAACAUCCACUAAGUUAAGUUAAUUGUUAAUAAAGCUUAUGAGGUAAAUGGUAAAAAUCUGCAA